AUGCGGCCGUUCCAGGAUCUUGCUAUUUCUUCCUCGGUGGGAACCGAUUCCGAUGAGGAUGCGGCGAAUUUCAUCCUCAGUCAAUUCACGGCUAUAAAUCCAACCGCGUUUCCAGUGAAGCCCGCACCAACCACGCCCCCAAGUCCCCGAGUUGUGAUCCCAAAGAUUACUAUUGAUCAAUCUGAAUACUCAUACCUACCCGGCCAUUCGGUCGUCAAAUGUAUAAGAUCUAAGGUGGACUACCUUUCAGACUCAUACGAGGUCGAGCUGAAAAGUGGUGAAGUUGAAGUGUUAUCUUCCAGCAACAUUCGCUCCCUUAAAAGUGGCGCCGAAGCUCUCUCCUCGUUCGACUCUAAAGAUGCCUACUCCGUUUCAGAAUCCUCCUCCAGCAGCUCAGAAGACGAGCUUACCGAAGCGUUGAAUCUCAAGAUUCUGCUCCAAGGAGGAGGUCGCGUCGACGACAAUGCUAGGGGGAAAUACCGCGUGAAGAGACGAAAAGUUUCAAAAUUUGAGCGAGAACCCCGGAACGGAACUCGCUUCGUCACCAAUCGGCGUGCAGAGUCUGCUUCACCGCUGGGGACAGCUCUGAAAAAGGGGUACUUGUCUACUGCCAGGGUUGCACGGAUUCAUACCACCAAGGGUGCCUUGGACCUCGAGGCCAGCGGGCCCAUCUUAGCUUCUGGCACGAUGUCAAAGGCCCUACGGCCACGUCUAACAGUAAGACAGGAACAUUUGCAGCGGGAGGAGAACGGUGGAGAAGAUCCCUGUCUCGAUAUAGAUGAAUCUCAACUAGACUUGACGGAGAACGUCAUGUUCCGCUGCGAUUCAUGUAAACGUGCCUGGCAUAUGCAUCAUUUGCCCCGAAAAUCCGGGACAUCAUAUAGCAUUGAUGAUGGGCUGGAAGACGACGAGUUAUCAGACAAGCGCUUCAAGGAGUAUGCUAGACGCUGGACUUGCAAUGAAUGUGCGAACCUGCCUGGCGAGAUUGAGUCGCUGGUCGCGUGGAGGCCAACCAACCUAGACAACUAUACGCCAGGAUACACCUCUGACGAGGUCCGAGAGGAUGCAAAAGAGUAUUUAAUAAAAUGGCGAAAGCUUUCUUAUUUCCAAACUUCGUGGAUGCCAGGGCCAUGGGUUUGGGGGAUCACAGCUCCUCCUAUGCGCAAAGCUUUCAAUAAAGCAGAAAAUGGGCAAAAGCCUCGAAUGACAACCGAAGACGCAAUUCCCGAAGACUACCUCCUUGUGGAUAUUGUCCUUGAUGUUAAAUAUUCAAACGUCGUUUCCGAACGAACCCUCGAGAUUGAUCUAGCCCGAGCGGAAGAAGUUGAGAGUGCCUACGUGAAAUACCGAGGUCUUCCUUACGAGUCUUCCGUUUGGGAAAAACCACCUAACCGAAAUAAUUCCGAAAGAUGGCAAAGUUUCCAAGGAGCAUACGAGGAUUGGGUAGUAGGAAACCAUAUUCAAAUUCCCAAGAACGGUGUCUUGAAAAGGCACCUUGCCUAUGUCCGCUCUAAAGACUUUGCAAAGCACUGGGUACGGAAGAAGCAACCAGAAAUACUUACUGGUGGGGAAUUGAUGAACUACCAGCAAGAUGGACUCAAUUGGAUAUACUUUAUGUGGUAUAAGCAACAGAGUUCUGUGCUGGCAGAUGAGAUGGGUCUAGGAAAGACUAUCCAGGUCAUCUCAUUCUUUGCUACGUUAAUUCAAGAUCACAACUGUUGGCCAUUCCUUGUCGUCGUUCCGAACUCGACUUGUGCGAACUGGAGGCAAGAGAUAAAAACAUGGGCGCCGAGCCUUCGAGUUGUAACAUGUUAUGGCUCCAGUGCUGCUCGAAAAAUUGCCCAAGAAUAUGAAAUGUUUCCCCGUGGGUCAAAAGAACUCCGGUGCCAUAUUGUCGUGACUUCUUACGAGAGUAUGGUUGAGGAGAAGACUAAAAAGAUCUUCUCUUCCAUUCCCUGGGCAGGGCUUGUGGUGGAUGAAGGACACCGACUGAAGAACGAUAAAAAUUUACUUUAUGAAGCGCUGUUGAAGUUGAACGUACCGUUUAAACUACUACUGACAGGGACACCGCUGCAAAACAACAUUCGUGAAUUGUUCAACAUUUUACAGUUCUGUGACCGCUCUCAUAAUGCAGCUGCCCUGGAGGAAGAGUUUAGGGAUAUUACAAACGAGAACGUUAACAAACUACACAAUAUGAUCAGACCCUUCUUUCUCCGUCGAACUAAAGCUGAGGUCCUAUCAUUCCUACCGCCGGUGGCGCAAAUAAUAUUGCCCGUUUCAAUGACGAUCGUGCAGAAGAAACUAUACAAGUCGAUUCUUGCAAAGAACCCACAGCUAAUCAAGGCAGUUUUUAAGAAUUCUGACUCCGGUUCGACUACCAAGCAGAAUGAACGUCAUAACUUGAACAAUAUUUUGAUGCAGCUUCGAAAAUGCCUAUGCCAUCCAUUUGUGUACUCCAAGGCCAUCGAAGAAAGGGGUGUCAAUUCUGCCCUGCUACAUAGAAAUAUGGUAGAGGCGUCGUCUAAAUUACAACUUCUAGAGCUCCUAUUACCCAAACUUCAAGAACGCGGGCACCGUGUACUAAUAUUCAGUCAGUUUCUCGACUUUUUGGACAUUGUCGAAGACUUUUUGGACGGCCUUGGUCUUGAACAUCUUCGUUUGGACGGCACCAUGAGCUCGUUAAAGAAGCAGAAGAGCAUUGAUGCGUUUAACGCCCCAGAUUCUGACUACUUCGCGUUCUUACUCUCCACUAGAGCUGGAGGUGUUGGAAUCAACCUUGCAACCGCGGAUACUGUCAUAAUUCUGGAUCCUGACUUCAACCCACAUCAAGAUAUACAGGCUCUAUCGAGAGCUCACCGUAUUGGCCAGAAAAAGAAAGUCAUGGUUUUUCAGCUUAUGACGCGUGGUUCUGCCGAAGAGAAAAUUAUGCAGAUCGGAAAAAAGAAGAUGGCUCUAGAUCACGUUCUUAUCGAGCGUAUGGAUGCAGAAGAUGAUGGCGAGCUUGAUAUGGAGACCAUUCUGCGCCAUGGCGCAGAAGCCUUAUUCGACGACGACUGCACUGGGGAUAUCACCUACGAUUCACAAUCUGUCAACAAGCUUAUUGAGCAAAGUGAGGUGGAAAAUACCAAGACUGGGGCAGACGCUUCUGCGGAAUCGCAGUUCAGCUUUGCGAGGGUAUGGGUUAAUGAAUCAAUGGAAGACGCCCUUGAUGACGCCGAAUCACCACCGCCGAGUAAUACUGUCUGGGAGAAGAUCCUUAAAGAGAGGGAAAAGGCAGCAGAACAUGAAGCGAGGCUUAAGGCACAGACAUUUGGUAGAGGUAAACGUAAACGCCAGGCUAUCAAUUAUAAAGUCCCAGGCAAGCAUAAUGGCGGAGACGAUGAUAGUGACGUUGAAUUCAAUUCCAACCCGAACUCGGGUUCUGAUACUGAUGGAACCAACGCAUCUGGUGCAUCUGAGGCCUCCGAGAAACGUGCAGUUCGCCCUUUCCAACGUGCCAAUAUUGCAAACUCAAUUGUCCAUGAAAGUGUGCGGUCGAAUACAAAGGAAAAGCAAUACCCUUGUAUUGCCUGCGAUCAUCUUCACCCUAUCGGUUACUGCCAGUUGAGACUUGCUGGAAUUGAGCACUGUGGACUCUGCGGGAUUGCCCACCUUGGCCAUGCACGAACAUGUCCCCAUCUCAACUCCGAGCUACAAGUUGCAUCAAUGCUUGGCUCACUCCGGCAGAGCACGGAGCCAGAUCAUCUUGUUGACGCUGCUACAAAAUAUUUACGAGGAAUCCGUGGACACCUUGUUGCGCGACGCAAAAACAACCAGAAAUCCGCACAGCGAGAACAAGUGCAAUAUGCCCAGUCUUCGCAAAAUACUGCCCAUCCACGGCCCGCUCCAAAUCGCUAUGAUCCUCAUUACCCGCCUCCUCCCCAACCUCCGAACGGUUUCACCGACUCCAGUUCUCGCACAGCACCUCCACGGCCAGGUCUGCCAUACACCCAGCAUCAGCCUCAUCCUCACCCCCCUGCCGCAACGCCUGGAUAUUCCCCGUAUACCCCAAACCCAUACCCCGGUCAACCAAGUUCCACCCGCUCCCCAUACCGAUAUCAACCCCAGUAUUAA